CUAUUGAUUGGUCAUGUUAUCAUCGGUAUCUGCGCGAUAACGCCCGCGAACGCAAAUAACUAUAUUAAUUUCAGUUUCACGUAUAACACAGCACUUCCUGCACUCAUUCGCUGAAAUAGUUGUUAUUAUUUAGUGUAAAUAAUUUAUAAGAUUAUUUAUAUCUUAAAUACAAAAUGUGCUGCAAUUGUGUCGAGUUUAUUGUCAAAUAUGUUUUAUUCUUCGCCAAUUUCGUGUUUUCGCUCGCGGGUCUGGCACUAAUCGGCACUGGUAUUGCGGUGCUGGUGCAGUUGUCUGAGAUCCUGGAAGUGGUUCCUAGUGCAAUCAACGGGAUACCCAUAGCAGUAAUUGUCCUGGGUGUUAUAGUAUUUGUUAUCGCAUUCUUCGGCUGCUGCGGUGCAAUCAGGGAGUCCAGAUGUCUACUCACCAUGUACUUUGUGUGCAUGGCGAUUUUAGCCGCUGGCAAAAUAUAUCUGGUGACAGUAAUAUUCAACGGACUGCAGACUCUACAGAAGACCGUAGAGGGCUGGGUCGAGAAUGCUUUUGAUAAACGUGAAGCGUUUGGUGUACUUGAAGUAGCAGUAAGUGUACAUUUUAUAAUUUUUAAUAUUUAUCAGAGACCAAGAAGACGGAAGAAAUGACGAAACGAAACGAACCUAGAAACUAAUGACAGGUGACAUUAGAAUUUGUACAUGUA